UAUUUUGUGCGGGCGGCGAUGUGUAAAAUAAAUAAUACGAAUUAUGUUAAAUGUCUUAAUAGCUAUAACGCUACCUGGAAAUGAAAAGAUAUUUAUACCAAAUUUUGAGUAGCGGUUUAAUGAAUUUCACUAAUUAAAAAUAGUGUAAAGAAUUUGCAUACUAUUUAUCGAGUUUGCCCGGAAAAAUAACAAGUCAUUGAUUAGAGAAAGAUAAAAUGAUUCGUGUUGUAAUUUGUAAAUGUGUAACCGGAAUUUGAUUUGAAUAUUGUUGAGUAAAAUGGAUUUAAAAUUACCAACCAAAAACGCUGACGAAUUUGCCGAUGAACUCUUUGAAACAUAUAGUUUGGCAGAAAUCGAAACCUUUCAAAAUACCUUAAAAAAAGAUGUUGAUAGAAAAGCAGAUCAACUAAAAUCGCUAGUAAGUGAAAAAUAUAGAGAUCUCAUAGACGCAGCUGAUACAAUUAGCUCAAUGGCCACAAUAGUUGGAAACAUUGGACACGUUGCUGAUAAUAUUUUGAAAACCAAAAGAAAAAAAUACAUAACCAAUUUAGAACAAGACACCACACUAGAUACAUUUGCAGUUCUUACAAGGCUUUUAAUAGACAUAUCUGAACAAAUAUGGGAUUGUUUAAAUGAAAGAGAUUAUUUGACUGCAACACAAUUGUUUCAAUUUUCUUUAUUCGUUAAGAAAAAUCUCGACGAUAUAAUGAAAAAUGGAUUAAAAAAAGCUACGCCAUUUCUUGAUAGAGUGUGGUUAAAUCAUUCACAUUUUCAAACAACUAUAUCAGAAAAGGUUAGAUUAGAAAUAUCUAAUCAAAUCCCUCCAGAGAAAGCUGCAUGCUGUUUUAUUAGUUUAUCAAUUUUGGAAGAAUCAAAUGUCCAUUUAUUGGUUAAAGAAUUUAUAGUGUUACGUUCAAAUAUGUUACAACACAUACUCAGCGACAAUAGCUCAGCUGAUAGAAAUAUCGAAAGUAGUGCUAAUUUAAUUAUAAAUACUAUUUAUAAUUUAUUCAUGUGUUUUACUAAUUACAAUCAAGAUCACAGCAAUAAUGGUAUCAUUUUUUUUAAAAUAGACAAGAUUUUUAAAAGUGGCCCAAGUGUAUUGUCAUUAGUAAAUUUAGAUUACUCAUUGAAAUUUGGAAUACAUUUUUUGCCAAAAUCUGUCAAAGAAUUCAGAGUCGAUUGUAGUUUAAUAGCCAACGAGUUGUCUAAAGACUACAUAACUAAUAUUGUAAUCAAUUGGCUCGAAUGGGCAAAGCCAUUUGUAUGCACAAAAGUAACUGGCAUAUUAAACAGUGUACAGUCAUUGGCAACUUUACGCCAUCUUAACAAAUUAUCGACAGAAUAUCCUCAACAUUGGGCAGCUAUUACCGAAGAAAUCCCAUGUAAACUGGAUUUAUGGUCUGAAUUAUACUGUCCAUUAUUCUCUCAAAGAACCAAAGAAUUGUUAACUACUCAAUGGGAGCAUGUAUUCCCCACAAUUAUUUCAGACAUAAACAAUGCUUUAACUCAACCAGAAGAAUCUCCAUUGCGAGAAAACUUAUUUUCUGAUACAAAUGAGUUUUUAGAAACUCGUUCAAUUGGCUGUUCUGAUAAAACAGCUGAAUUGUGCACGUGCCUUGAGCAAAGAAUAUCUUCUUUAGCAAAGACUUUAGAUGAAUAUUACCCUGAAGACGAAGAUCCUUGGGCACUUCGACACCAUCAAGGACAUUGCUGUAAUGGAUUUGUUAACAAACUAACAGAACACAUGGUGGAAUUAGUAGAAAAGGGAACAUUAUCCGAAGCUCAAAUAUUGUUAAUAGCUAGGUUUUUAUGGAAUUUUCCGGUGCUAUGUCCAACAUUUAAACACUGUUUAAUAUCAUUGUACCAACAGUUUAAUUUUUGGAAAUCCACAAAAGAUUCAAUACAGAAAUCAUCUAUUGUUGCUUGGAAUAGAUGGAGUGACAUUGUCACAAAUAGAAUAUUUGAAAGUUUUCAAAAACGCUUUUUACCACAUACACUAGGAGAAAUGCUAUCAACAAUUCCUAAAUGGGAAAUUGUUGACAUGGAAGUGGAAAAGGAAAGUGGCGAAUUAAUAAUAUCUAAGUUACACGUGCCCAAUCAACCUUCAUUUCCAUUGCAGGAAUUCAUUCACACCAUUAUCACUUGUUUGGCUGUUACGUUACCUCCCAGAUUUGUUCAAGAAAGAACUAUUACUUUGAGUACUGAUUGGAUACUAUCAGCAUAUAAAAGUAAUAGCGAAAUUGAUGUAAUCUUGAAAUCUAGGUAUCAGAUUCAAAAGUUGUUUGAUCUGAAGUACAUCAAUACACUUUUUAUUGGUGUGGAAAAUAAAAACUUGUCGGCAAAGUGUUCAGAAAUAAUAUUGUUGAUUGAGAAUCAUAUUGACCCCAUUAAUCUAGAUGUCAUAAAUGAAUAUGUUGUAAAAAACGUAAAACGAGCUGUAGCUGCGACUAAGUGUAUUUUUGGCACUUCAUUACCCAGUCAACUAUCAUUGGAAUUUUCAGAUGAGGCUAACAAUUUAAUGUUUAACACAUAUAGAUUUAAACUAUUUUUGGUCACGGACUCAUGAAAAAUGUCAUAAUUAGCCUUUUAUUUAUCAUAAAUAUAUUAUUUUGUUCAUAUAUCAUUAUAUUUAAAAAUUAUAAUUUUGUUUAUAAAUAA